CGCUGUGCGGCCCCUCCCGAGCUGCAGGUUCUCGUUCUGCAGCGCGGGCUCGAACCUUGCGCGAUGCCCGAGCGCUCCUGGCAGGGAGCCCGCAGCCGGGGGAGCCCGCCCGCCCUCCUCCUGCUGCGGUACCCGGGGCUCUGCCAUCCCCGCGAUGGGAGGCACGAACACACCCAGCCCUGCUCCCCAUCUGUUGCAGCAUCGGCUCCAGUAGCAGAGCCCGAGAUGCUCAAAUGCGCUUGCCUUUAGGGAAAAGCUUUCAAUGCAGUUCUUCGAUGGACGUUUCCAGCCAGACUGCAGGAUUUUUCAGAGCUGAUCUCAGCUCAUUUGCCAUGCCGUUCUUGGACGGUGAUGUGGAGAGCACAGACAAAAAUGCUUCUCGCAAGGUGGAUGAAAGCUACUCAGCCGGCAGUCCUUCAAAAGGCCUUUUCUCAAAAGGGCUCCAGAACCGACCUUCCAGCCCUGUUUCUGCCCCUGUGAGAUCCAAACACAGUCCUGGCUCACCCAAAACAGUGUUCCCCUUCCCCUACCAGGAGUCUCCCCCACGCUCCCCACGCCGAAUGAGCUUCAGUGGGAUCUUCAGGUCCUCCUCCAAAGAGUCUUCCCCCAAUUCUAACCCGUCUACCUCUCCUGGGGGCAUCAAGUUUUUCUCCAGAUCAAGAAAAACCUCUGGCCUCUCCUCUUCUCCAUCUACCCCAACACAAGUGACCAAGCAGCCCACGUUUCCCCUUGAAUCCUACAAGCAUGAGCCUGAGAGACUCGAAGCACGGGUUCACUGCUCCUCGCCUCCGGACACGGGGCAGAGAUUUCCUCUGCCUCCAUCACAGAGUGCAGCCAAGCCUCCCAUCGUGACACCAGCUCCCUGUGCUACCUCAAAACCAGCGGCGGCAGCGGCUCCGGCUCCCUUGCAGCUCCCGGCCGCCUCCGAAGGGAUGCUGGAGAAACUAGAGCUCGAAGAUGAAGCACUUGAAGAAUCGGAAAGUGACAUUUAUGUGCGAUUCAUGAGGUCACACAAGUGUUAUGACAUUGUUCCAACAAGCUCUAAGCUUGUUGUUUUCGACACUACGCUACAAGUAAAGAAAGCCUUUUUUGCCUUGGUGGCAAAUGGUGUUAGAGCAGCUCCACUGUGGGAGAGUAAAAAACAGAGUUUUGUAGGAAUGUUAACAAUUACAGAUUUCAUUAACAUACUGCAUAGAUACUAUAAGUCUCCAAUGGUUCAGAUUUAUGAAUUGGAGGAGCACAAGAUAGAAACCUGGAGGGAGCUUUAUUUACAAGAGACUUUUAAACCUUUAGUGAACAUCUCCCCAGAUGCAAGGUAGGAUUUCACUGUUCACUCUGCUUAACUUGAAAUACACUAACGACAUCUCAACUCUGAAUUUAAAGCCUCUUUAUGUAAGAAGGAACUAUUUGUAUUGUAAACUACAGUAAAAUAAAGGACUGUCUUUUAAUAUAAUCAAGAAGGGGUGAGAGAUUUUUUUUUUUAUUGUGAGUGAAGACUUUUUUGAUUAUCCAAAGAAGGGAAUUUUUAAUUGAACUUUUGUCCUUUAUCAGCAUAACUCUUCUGGUUAAUAAGCUAGACAUGGGUCAAAAUUAAAAUGCAAAACAGGCAAUAGGAUGACCCUUUCAAGCUUGCUUGCAGAUCAUAUUUAUUUCGUGAAAAUAAAAAAAUUUAGAGCCCUUCAGCUGUCUUGUUCUCAGCAGUCACAGUAAUUGGAAACUGAAAGUCCUUUUCAAGGCAAGCAACUUUCCUUAACUAAAGUAAAGAUAAUAUCUCCGUGGUUUGUUUUGCUCUACUAUAAGGCUCUGUUUUUUAAAAUAUAAAUGACUGUCCUUUUCUUCUUGAUGGAUGUUGAAAGAAAUAGUUUUUCAACUAUCAUUAUGCCUUAUUUACUAAAUAACUUGAGAGGGAGAUUUAGUUGAUCACUUAAAACUGAAGCACUACUUAAUUGCUGAACUGGAGGGUGAAGUUCUGGUUCUUGCUUUCAGUUUGUGGAAUGGGAUUAUUUGUAUCCUGGCAAAGGAAGCUGGUGAAGGGAGCUCCAAUGAUUAUAUUGGAGUAAUGAUAUGCUGUAUCCUCAGUGGAAUUUUCAUUUAUUCAUAAAUAAGUCAUUCAAUUCAGUGAUGAGAGAUGCAUUUUGAAUGGUGGCAGGUUGCAAAUAAUAUUUUUAAGACAACAAAAUAGCCUUAAUUGUUUUCAGUUAGAGGUGCAGCACGAGAAGCCUUGCCAUAAAGAAGAUGCAGUAAAUUUUUUAUAAAAGGUUACAGCAGGUCAGCUUCAGACCUGAUCCAGAGAUGGGUUUGGGUUCUGUGACAGUCAGACUGCAGCACUUAGGAAUUGUUAAGCACUUACUUCAGGAGUGGAAUCUGCAGCAGUGGGGGAAUCCUGGCUCUGUGUACAUUAAAUGUACAUAAAUAUUUCAUCCCUGUGAUGGACUCAGAACACACAGCUUGUGUAUGGGAAGAAGCCUGCUUCAGCAAGUAGGUGUUUAUCAGAGUUUUACAAGCUUUUUUACUUGCUAAUUUAUUGCAGUUGCUGGUCAGCUGUUUUAUCAUCUUACUACACCAAGGGGGAAAAAAAAAAAAACUUCAUUUGCAAGAAGAACAGAGUUGCACAGGUUGGAGUGUUGCUAAAUCCUAGUCUGCAGAGCAUGGGAAUGUUUUAGAUCUCCUAAGGAUAUUUUUUGGCCAAUCCCCAGUGAUAAUUCAGUGAAAUGAUUCGAUAAUUGUUUGGGGUUAUUUGCAUAUAUGCACGUAGCUGUAAAAAUGCCCUUUAUAAAAAAACGUUAGAGAAGUUUGAGAUUUAUUAAGUGCAAGAACUCCAUUUUUCACAGUUUGUCUC